AUGAAGAAAGAAAGAGCCAGAAGAAACUCCAAAACAAAAGGCCAACAGUCAUCAUCCAAAACAACAACAAACAAGAAGCCUACCAGAUGGGAGGACCCAAAUUAUGUGCAGAUCAAGAGCAACAUGCUCUCUUUUGCAACAACAAUUGACAACAUCAGACAGAGACUUGAACGUCGGCACGAUGUCUUAACACUGCUAUCAAAGACACCUUUUUGGGCAUUAAUAGAAGCAUAUAUCCAGAGAAGGUUAACAAAGGUAGAGUGCAUGAAGUCUAACUACGACAUUUGGCAAGAAGUUACCAAGCACAACAACCUCAACAAGGCCAAAUUGCAGUUUGUAGAGAAAUACUUCGCGCGGUAUAAGAAGAUAACAAAGACUUCAAUUGAUAAGUGCUUGAAUUUGGCACUUGAAGAUGAAACAGAAGAGGGUGCUAUGGAUGUAACAAGAUUGAUAAUCCUACAACUCUUCAUGACCAAUCUAUUCUGCAACUCUGGUUGUACACUUGCUUGGACAUAUACAACCACAAUAGACACCUUAGAAGAGAUGGGGAAAUAUAAUUGGGCUCGAGGAGUUUUGGACUACAUGUAUUUUGGAUUAGAACAAGCAAAGAAGAACAAGAAGGACAAAAAAAAGCAGCCAAGCGUGAGUGGCUGCCUAAUCCUAAUACUGUAUUGGCUGUGUCAAAGAUCUAACCUGCUCACUCCAAUUCCUGGAAGAGAACAAAUGACACCAGCUGCUGUCAAAUGGAGUCUUCAAGAACUCAGCGCGAAGCUUCAUCAUCUAAAGAACAACCAGAUAAAGAUAAAAAGCACUAAAGCUCAAGAGCCAGAUGAUGAUUCUGAAGAAGAGAAUGAAGAGAAUGAUGAUGAUUCUGAAGAAGAGAAUGAAGAGGAGGAUGAUGGUGCUGAAGAAGUGAAUGAAGAGCAUGAUGAUGAUGCUGGUGAAGAAGUGAGUGAAGACAAGGAUGAUGCUGCUGAAGAGGUGAAUGAAGAGCAUGGUGAUGCUGCUGAAGAAGAAAAUGAAGAGGAGGAGGAUGCUGAAGUGAAUGGAGACCAUGAUGAUGCUGCUGAACAUCAAGUCCAGCAACACCACCAGGUACAAGAAGACCUCCAAAAUGAAAUCCCAGAAUACCGGAAUUCAACGUUGUUUGAGGAAAUUGUUAGAUCAGUACCAGAAUACAAGGAGGAUGAAAUACAGCUUACAAAAGAGUAUAUGAUGGCGAUCAAUAAUGCUGCUGAAUAUUGGACGAAGAAAGGAGAGCAUCAAAAGAUCCGUGAUGCAAUAGCAUCUUGCAUUAAAAAGAAUAAAUUGAUUCAGAUGCUGUACAAUGAAAAGAAGAAUUAUUGA